AUGCCCUACCAGGAGGAGGAGUGCCCUGUCCAGCCGCUGUGGCAGUCGGUACUCCUGUUCUGCUGGAAGGGGAUGAUCGAGGGCAUCAUCAUCCUACUUUUCAUCUGGCUGCUGGUGCAGGUCCUGUUCACCAAACACCAGGAAGUUCACCUACAGCUCCUGCUUGGAGUAGGUCUGGCUCUCUUCUGCUUGAGCCUGAUUCUGGGCUGCAUUCUGUGCUGCUGGAGGCGGAGGGCAACUCUGCCCCCAGACAAGGAGGCGGCCAUUUCUCCCCCUCCCACGCCCCCAUCCCAGAGUUCCUCCCCCUCCGGUGGCACCACGCCGGCGGAGCAGCAGUACGAGGAGCUGGACGGGGACACCCUGGACCAGCCCUCCUCGCUGAGCUGCUCCACGCCGUCCGAGGGCGACUCCGCCGACCUGCCCUUCGCCCCCCGCUUCCGCGCGGCCUCGGAGCUGAACGAGCGGCCCAAGUCCUUCUUCCCCCUGCGGCGGUUCGGCACGUCCGUGGCCUCGCUCUCGUCCUCCGCCGCCGCCUGCGGCCGCACCUCCCUCUCCUCCCUGCCCCGGUGGGGCCUGCUCUCCAUCAAACGGCGGGUGCUGGAGCGCCGCUGCACUGUGACGGGCGAUGACCUACUGCACGGCGAGCGCAGCAGGCUGACCAGCCCGACCCUCAGCACCCCCUCCACCGAUUCCGUGUUCCCGCCACCGGCUCUGUUGGAGGAGCCCUACGUCCGCCAUUACGGCUCCGGCUGCGGCGGUCGCCAGCCGGCCCCUCAGCUGCACUUCUCCCUGCACUUCUCCUCGGCCCGGGGCACUCUGACGGUCGACGUCCUGUCCGUAUCGAGCACUCCUCAGGUCAGCCCGGGAGGGGUCUCUGUGCAUGCCAGCCUGCCCCCUCUCUGCCCCGCCCCAAGGAAUUUAUCGAUUCGGCAAUGCAGCCUUAGCCAGGAGUUUCAGAGCCAGAGCUUCACGCUGCCGGUGGGCUCGCUGGAAGACCUCCACAGAUGCACGCUGCAAAUGGCCGUCUUCGCCCAAGACUGUUCUGGCCUAAAGGAGGAGCCACUGGGGGAAUUAGAGCUUCUGUGUUCGGAAUUGGACUGGGAGCCUAACCACACCAUCCCCUACAGCAAGGAGCUAAGCUCAUCUACGUCCAGGUUCAUAAUGAGUUUGAGUUCCCCAGACCCACCAGCUCCAAGGCUAUGGGCUGGCUCUCAGAGGGAUGUUGGCGAGCUCUUUAUCCUGCUGCAGUAUCAGGCCAUCGCCCAUCGCAUUAAGGUCAUCGUCCAGAAGGCAGUGAAUUUGGCCAGGCUGACCCAAAUGACGGGGGUACAAGAUCACUAUGUGGCAAUCACCCUCCGUCACGAGGGCACGGUGAUUGGCAGGAAAGAGACUGAAAGGGCGGGCGGGCACAUUGCAGUGUGGAACACUCCCUUCCUCUUUGACCUGCCUCCUGGUGACAUCACCCAGCUGCCCCUUGUGCUGGAGUUUAUAGUUAUGCAGGGGCAGGUGUAUGUGACGAGCUGUGAGCUGGGCCGUGUUGUCAUUGGCAGUGUUGCCCCAGAGGCAGGGCAGGCUCACUGGAGGGACAUGUGUAACAGGGGGCAGGUGGAGACGGCACACUGGCAUGCUAUCGAGCCUCAUUCACCAUAG